AUGGCGGUGAGUUUCACUGAGAUCUUUUCGUCUCUCUGCCAAACGGAGAAGAUCUCAGCCGAAAGAAGAAUAGUAUGCGAGGUAGCAAAAAUCCAGCCUUUUGAGAGACGUUUGAAACGAAUCCUUUUCGAUGAACUUCUCGGCACGAAACUUUUUCCUCGCUGCGUUGUAAAGAUGGCAAGAGGGUUGAAGAUGACGCCGUAUGAGAAAGCUCUUGCGUUUGUGUAUGAUUUGAGAUCCAAACGGUGUUACGAUCGGGCGAAUCAAUUGGAAGCAGCUCUUGAAUUUCUGACGGGCGACUGCGCUAAUGUCUUGACAGAGACAGACUCUGUGUUGACAUUUCUUCUGAGCUUAGCUGAGACCAGUGGAUUGUGUGAUCAGUCGACUUGUAAGUUGAUGUUUGAUUACACCAAGCUUUACAAGGAGUGCGUAGUUGUUCCUGAUGGAGAACUCUUUGAUUCUGACACAACUGUGGAGCAUUCAGGCAGUACGGUGCCUUACCUCAUGUACAGCGAUGAGUUAUUUGACAGUUUGGCAAUGCAGUAUAGUACAGAAAAAGUGGAAGAAAGACACGGGUUGACAGAGUUCAGUCGCGUCCUCUGUGGCAACACCGUGUUCUAUUGGACAGAAAAAGUUUUGAAACUCAUUCUUUUUCAUGACACAGAUCACUCUUGCACUGAGGCGUCUCCAGGCUUCCCGAUUGCAACUGGUCGAACAUCUCCAUUUGGUUUUCUCAGAGCUAGCAGUUUUGCUGAUGACAUCAACAGAGCAACAGGAGGUGGAAGGGAUCCUGUAGCUAUGGAUGAGCAAACCUCAUACAAACCAUUAGACGUGCACUGGUCAUGUCAUCGUUACCUGGUUCAGGACUGUAUUUCUUCAGUGAUUGCAGCAUACAGGUAUUACCAUAACAGAGGCAGUUAA